AUGGUUCCUCCGGAGCCUGGUACCUACUCUGCCCUUUCAAAAGUCCGCCUUCGUGAUGGUGCCACUGCCUCCAAAGUUGCUUUCGGUGAGCUAGGCUACGUCAAAGCUGCCAAAGAAUCGUGGGCCAUCUUUCAAAAGCUGACCGCUGAGGGUACAAUUGCUCCUGAAACUCGUUUUCAAGUUUGCCUUCCCACGCCGGUGGCUGUUGUCGGAGUUUUCUUGGCAGAAUAUCAAGAUGAAAUUGAGCGCUCUUAUGAGUCUCGACUGCUUACAGAGCUAAAUGAAGUGUUAGACUUCAUCCCAAAAGACAAACUUGCCAUUCAGUUAGACGUGUCUUGGGAAUUCGCACUUUUGGAAGGAUUGGCCCCUUCAUGGUUUGGUUCGACCUAUGAAGAACAACUACCUCGAGUGGUUGAGCGACUUGCUCGGUUUGCAAAUGCUGUACCAGAUGGCGUCGAGUUCGGAGUCCAUCUGUGCUAUGGUGAUGCUAGUCACAAACACUUCAAGGAACCCAAGGAUAUGACCAAACUGGCUGACGUUGCGACAGGCUUGAUAUCUCUUCUACAUCGACCACUGACCUAUCUUCAUCUACCUGUCCCUCGCUCUCGUGACGACGUAGAAUAUUUUGCUCCUCUUCAAUCUGUCAUUCCUCUUCUCGCAUCUCAUCAAACACAACUGUUUCUUGGUCUCAUUCAUCUUACAGAUGGCGAAGCGGGAGCCAAGAAGCGUAUCGACGCAGCAACGAAGGUGGUCAAAGGAUUUGGCGUUAGCACGGAAUGUGGAUUCGGUCGUCGACCUGAAGAGCAUGUCAUCAAAUUACUUUCUCUCAUGCAAACUGUCAGCAAUCUAGUACCACAAUGA